AUGGCUGAUAAUCUUAUGCGCGGACGAAAAAGAGGGCGCGGAGGGAUGCGGGCAGUAUUUAGAAAAGGAACGUCUGAGGAGCCAGAGCAAGAAGAGCCGAUUCUCACAAAAGAAGAAUAUUUGAAAAAAAAAAGGAUGCUUCUUCGACGCGCGGUCCUUGCUGAAAAUCAAUACAAUGCACUUCGCACACGAUUGAAGGAAAAUAAAGCCAGAGAGCUGAUAGAGUACAAGCAAGCCGUUGCGCGUAAACAAUGUCCGGAGUAUUUGGCUGGAUUGAGUAAAGCACAGGAAGAACUCGACGGCAAAAAAGCUAUUAUCGAGACAAGAUACAAAAUGAAACUCGGUCAAAUAUUGGAUGAGUAUGAGGCAGAGACGGAUAUGAAUAGAACCCAGUUUGAAGACCAGUAUAUUUACUCGAAAAACCGUUAUAUGGACUUUUUCAAGAAUUUGAUAGAGGAAAAGAAGAAGAGGGAGAAAGAAGUUGGAAUCAUUCUGGGAGCAUUGCUAAUUCUUCCGCCGCUUCCAAAAGGUAUUUGUGAAAAGCCAGUCUUCCAAGACGUCGUGGCUGCUGGAAGGAUGACUCGGAGCAUGGCUCGCAAGGUUGAAGAGGGACCAUCGACAUCAAGCUGA